UAUCAGCCCACCACACACGCACGCAAACGAUAUCGAACAAGCAAAGCGGUUGGUAUAGCAGCGGCGGCGGCGGCGGCGGCGGCGGGCGUCGCCGGCGAGCAGAGCGGAGGAGGGAGGAAGCGCGCGAGCGAACGAUGGAGGCGGCGGCGGCGGUUACGAGGUUGUCCUUCGUCCCCCUCGCGGCGGCUGCGAGGCCACUCCUCGCCGGCUUCAUGCGCCCCCGAGUCUUCGCGUCCAUCUCCUCCUCCUCCUCCUCCUCUCCCUUCUCCGGUGGAGGCGGAGGCCACUUCUUCGGAGGCGGAGGCGGACGCGGUAGGGGCGGCGGCGGAGGCGGAGGCGGAGAAGAAUACGGUGCAGGUGCUGCUGCAGCGGCCUCCGCCGCCGCCGCCGUGGUUCUCGGCGAGACCGAGACGGCGGACGCCGACGUCAUCCUGCUCCGCGUCGGGGGGAUGUCGUGCGGUGGAUGCGCCGCGAGCGUGAAGCGGAUUCUCGAGAGCCAGCCUGAGGUUACUUCUGCCACAGUCGACUUUGAGAAAAAAACGGCUGCCGUGUGGACAACACCUGAAGCCAAGGCAACAAAAGACUGGCGGAAGCAACUGGGCGAAAAGCUUUCACAUCACCUGAGCACUUGCGGAUUUCAGUCUCAUCUGCUUGAUGAAGAAGAACCUGAUUCUGGAUCUCAACAGUGAGAACCCUUGCAGUUUUACAAUCAGAGGGUUCUUGAGAGCAGUACCUACCUACUUACCCUUGUGGAAGUUAUAUAUCGUCUCUGAAAAAGUACAUUCUGUUUGAGAGUUUUGUAGGUCUCAAUCACGAUUUUGUUCUUGAAUCCAGCCACUGACAACUACAAGGCCUAGAGAUUAUGCUCAAAUCCUUAUACAGGAAAUAGAGAAAUUUCUUUUGGAUUUAAGGUUCAAAUACAGAAGUAGAAUUCGAUCAUUGUAUAUUGUCACUACCGAUAUCAAUGAACAUAUAUUGUCAAUCAUGAAGGCUGAUGAGUUUGCAACUGAAUUCAUUUGAGUUUUUCGUAUCACAAGAUACCCAUAUAGUCA